AUGACUGAUAAAUGUUUUGUGAUCGGUGCGCUUCUUUAUGAAGAUUAUGAUAUUUUGGACUAUAACGGUACAAUUCGUUUUUUAGGAAGUUUAUAUGAAGAACAGAAUCUUAACGUAAAAAUAAUUACAAUUUCUCAAAACGGAGGAAAAUAUGAUUCGCGCAGCCAAUGUUCUAAUUGGUCGGAUUACUCUUUUGAUAACUGUCCUGAAUUUAAUGUUCUGUUAAUACCAGGUGGUCGGGGAUAUAUUAAACAUGGAAUUGAAAACCCAGUCCUGAUGGACUUUAUCAAUAAGUGGAUUCCAAAAGUAGAAUACGUUUUGAUGGUUUGUACAGCAAGUGCUAUUGUUGCAAAGACAGGUCAUUUAGAUGGUAAGAAUGCCACAUCAAAUAAAACCACUUUUGAUACGGUUGUCUGUUAUGGCCCCAAUGUGAAAUGGAUUAAACAUGCUAGAUGGGUUGUUGAUGGAAAGUUCUAUACAUCAGGUGGAGUAUCUGCUGGAAUGGACAUGGUGCUUGGUUGGAUUUCGGAUGUAUUUGGCGAAAAAUAUGCGCUUGCAGCUUCUCAUUUUGCAGAAUACGUGUGGAAUUCUAAUCCUGCUUUAGAUCCCUUUUCUGGAAUGAAUUUUAAACAAAAUUCAGGAAUUUUAGAUUUUCAGCUUUCUUCAAAAUGUUAA